GCACCUUUUCCGGUAACACAGCACCGCCACGGCUGGAGACGGAGAGGCUGCAGGAGAGACACCGAGAGCGGCCAGAGCGGGGAGAAUCGGCCCGGGGAGCGGGGGAUGAUUGCUGCACACGCAGGGGGAAGAGAAGAAAGUCGGAUGAAUCAAUGACCUUUUGGUUCCCCUCUGGAUGCCCUGGCACAGAAACGGACCGGACAGGUUAUAUCCACUUCUGUGAUUGCUUUCCUAAGAAAAGAAAAACGUGCUUUGAGAUGCAUAAAGGGGAAUAAGCUUGAGGCCAAAGUGUGGAGAGCCGGCAGCCGAGGAGGAAGUGGGAACCCCGGGUUGGACUGGGCCUGAUUCACCCUGCCCGCCUUCAAUUCAAAUAAGUGAUUACAUAAAAGUCCCUUCAUCUUUUUUUUUUUUUUUUUUUUUUGUAAAAGAUUCAACUCAAGAGCGAGAAGAGUUUAUUCUAAGGGGAAGAAAAACUCUAUGCUCAAAGCUGAUUUCAAAAGAAGGGGAUGUCAUUUUUUCUUCCUACAACGGAGGGCAGUGGAUUAUGAAAAUAUAUCUCCACCCAAUUCUGCUCCAUUCAUACAGCUCCAAUUGAUUUACUCAGGUCACACCACCACAGUCCAGUUAAUUGUACUGCACAAACUUGAAAACCAUCACGUGGAGGGCUUUACUUUUUGAACUGUUAACUUUUCCCCUCACUAGAGAAGUGUUACUUUUUUUUCUUCUUCUUCCAACAAAGUAUUUAUGCACAACAAACAAGAUGGGGAAAAUGCUUUCAAAGAUCUUCGGCAACAAGGAGAUGAGAAUACUGAUGCUUGGACUUGAUGCUGCUGGGAAAACUACGAUCCUGUACAAGCUGAAACUGGGACAGUCGGUCACCACCAUCCCCACGGUGGGGUUCAACGUGGAGACGGUCACCUAUAAGAAUGUGAAGUUCAACGUGUGGGACGUGGGCGGACAGGACAAGAUCCGGCCCCUCUGGAGACAUUACUACACGGGCACCCAGGGCCUGAUUUUCGUGGUGGACUGUGCUGACAGGGACAGGAUCGACGAGGCGAGGCAGGAGCUCCACCGGAUCAUCAACGACCGGGAGAUGAGGGACGCCAUCAUCCUGAUCUUUGCCAACAAGCAAGACCUCCCGGAUGCCAUGAAACCCCACGAGAUCCAGGAGAAGCUGGGUCUCACCCGGAUAAGAGAUAGGAAUUGGUACGUUCAGCCCUCGUGUGCAACGACGGGGGAUGGACUGUACGAGGGCCUGACCUGGCUUACCUCAAAUUACAAAUCGUAAUAUUUCCCCUCAUUCACCAGCCUGGACAGUUGGAGGCAAACAAAGUAGCUGAGAAUGAAAAAAAUAAAAAAAAUAAAUGCAAUUUGAAGCAAUUAAUACAAUGACCUCUCUGUUGAAUAUAUAUUGAAGAGAGGAGCAGUUUUUUUUUUCUUGGAUUAUAUUGAUUUCACUUUAACCUCAGAUAUCAUUUAAGCAAACUUUUCUUUUUUUUUUUUUUUUUAAACUGUACUUUUCUUUGGUUUUCACUCUAUAUAAUCGAUACUGUUUGAGUAUACAAUAUGCCUACUUUUGAGCUCUUAUUGCUAAAUCUUUUGUUUCGUCCUUUUAUUGUAUAAUUUGUUUUAGGGCACUUCUUUUAAGGACGAAAGUUUCUACUUUUGCCCGCACUGACAUGUCGUCUAGUUAUGUCACGAACCAGCUACAUAUCCAAAGGAUGGAAAAGUCCAGAAACCAUUGCCUACAUCAGCAUAUCCCCUUCACGGCUCGAACUGCCUCUGUAACACGUAAAACUGUGUAACGAGGACCUCGAUAACGUACUGUUUUUGAUAAUUGAUUGUAAUGGGGAUGAAUGAGGAAAUGUGGUAGUACUUCUCGCCUGUGUUGUGGUUACAUCCAUAAUGUCUGCAGCGGACAUUGGAUAUUCAUACACACUGUGAUUAUGGAUAUAUAUUUUUGUUGUUUCAGGGUUAGGGUCGGUUACCACAAGUCUUUAUUAUUUCUCCUGGAGCUUCCAUUACUGUUGAGUGUCUGUAGUUUCAGCUGCCUUACGAGGGACCAGGGUUCCAGGUGCCCAGAAACUCAAACGGCUCGUGCAGCGGAGGGUUUUCUCUCAACCGCUGAGUUUGCACUUUGGGUGCUAGAAGGGGGGCGAGCAACUCGCUGGCUGUGCAUAUUUAGAUUUUUCCAUAACUGACUUUUGGACUCCAGCAAGUGUUUACGAAAUUCCCAACCCCCCACCGCCUCCAGUGCAGGUGCUUCACUGACUGCAAGUCCCUUCUUUUUCUUUACUUUUUUCUUUUUUUCUUUCUUUUUUUUUUUUUUUCAAACGCACCAGCGCCAAUUUGUAAGAUCCUGCAGUUAACUCUUUUGUUAAAAGUUCAUACAUACUGCUGUUUUUAUUUUCAUUUUUUUCUCCCUUUCUUUUGCUAUGCUGUUGAAAUAAUAAAAAAAUAUAUCCAGA